GCGAGAAUGAAUCAUGUUUUUAAUCCAACGAAUUACCCUUCGUCCGCCGUUGGGAGGCUUUGUAGGGACCGUUCUCCAUUCCAUUGUUAUUCUAUUCAUUGUAUGGCCCUCCUGGCGACGUAUUGGCUGACUGUCGCAUCUUUGUUGACGGGAGGACCUACUUCGAUGUCCGGCGAGCAUGAUGAGAUCAACUCAUCUACUCGAACAGUCAAUCCAUGGCGAUUAUACUGGCCGGUAUCGACCUCAGGUACACUUUUCACCUCCAAAGGGCUUCAUGAAUGACCCGAAUGGCCUCUUCGUUGAUAAGCAUGGUAUCUGGCACCUCUACUACCAGUAUAAUCCCACCGAGCUCGUUGCUGGCAAUCAGCAUUGGGGUCAUGCGACGUCUCGGGAUCUUUAUCACUGGGCCAAUCAGCCAAUCGCACUGUUCCCACCUGAUGAAAGGACUGGAGUUUUCAGCGGCUCAGCCGUGAUUGACGCGAAGAAUACCUCUGGCUUCUUUCCGGACCAAGACGACGGUGUCGUCGCAAUCUAUACUCUCAACACGCCGGAGAACCAAGUCCAAGCCAUCGCUUAUUCCAGAGACGGUGGUUACACGUUUACUCCAUAUGAGGGCAAUCCUGUGAUCGACAUCCAAUCAAACCAGUUCCGAGACCCAAAAGUCGUUUGGUAUGAGGAUCACUGGGUCAUGGUCAUUGCCCAUUCCACUGAGUUCAAAAUCGGCAUCUACACCAGUCGCGAUCUGAAGACUUGGUCUCCGAGCUCCAGCGUCUCAUACCUUGGAAUCUUGGGUCUACAGUACGAGUGUCCCAAUCUAGUCCCAAUACCAGUAAAGGCAAAUGGCUCUUCUACUGGAGAGCAAGUUUGGACAUUGUUCAUCUCGAUCAAUCCCGGUGCUCCACUGGGCGGAGCGACCAUGCUCUACUUUCCUGGAGACUUUGACGGAUACAGCUUCGUACCGCAUGACUCUGCGGCUCGACUGGCUGACUUUGCCAAGGACAACUAUGCAGCACAAUUUUUCGACGGCACAGCUCCGGGAGAGGCUGUAAGUAUAGCCUGGGCCAACAACUGGCAAUAUACCAAUGUCUUGCCAACGGCAAAUGAAGGCUGGCGUUCGAUCAUGUCCUUACCAAGGAAGAACUUUCUCACCCGAUUGGAACGGACCGGAUGGGCCCUUGUUUCAGAACCGUAUGAUCUCUCACCGAUCUUGAACUCUCGAUUGAGUCACGAUACAGACUUUGUCAACAAGACGACGGAUGUGGACUUCUCGAGCGCAGGAAGUGGCGCCAUUUACUUCAGUAUCAAGCUACCUGACAGCCAGGCGAGAUAUGGGGAUGAGGCUGCAUUCAGCUUUGCCGUAUCUGCUCCCUCAUCCAAGGAGAGUGUCAAAGGGGGAUACAUGUUUGGAGGCCCAAAUGCAGGACACGCCUGGCUCGAUCGAGGCAAUACAAAGGGCUUCGGAAGUGACAACCCAUUCUGGAACGAUCGAUUCUCCGUCGCCCAGGUCUCUGCUGCAAGAUCUAUCUGGGGCGUGAUUGACCGAUCUGUUCUGGAGUUGUUUAUAGAUGAUGGAGCUUACAGUGCUACAAUGCUGUUUUUCUCCGAGGAACCCCUGACUCUGCUCAGAAUUGGCACCGAGGGCAUGCCAGAGGGGACGUCUAUUGAGCUGGAAGUACAUGAUCUCCAUAGUGUUUGGCGGAAUUCAUGAUUGGCAUGCACUACAUAGACC